AUGUCACGUCCAGAGGAUCUCCCCCGAUCGGCAUCCCCCUUAAAGCGCAGAGCCCCCAGCCUGCCCCCCGACGACAGCCCUGCCCCGAACGCCGACGCCCUGGAAGAUGUCGACAUGCUAUCAGUUCCUGCUACCAGCGACGACGUGUCUAUGGGCGAUGGAGAGCCUGUCCGGGGCACAGACUAUGGCGCACAAGAGGUGGAUGGCGACAAGCCCAAGAUGGAGGCGCAACCCUCGCCUGGGAUCGAGGACAACGACUCGGACAUUCCUGGGCUUUUGAACGGUCUGGAGGCAGAUGGCGCAAGUGUUGAAGAGACGCAAGUUGGAUCUGAGCCCGAUGAGGAUGCUGCUGUCGUCGGGUCACCCUUACCGGACGGUGCGCAUGGAAAUCAUGGCCAUACUUCAGCCGACCGCAAAGUGCAGGGCCACAAGGCAUUCAGUGCCAAUUCCGAAGAGGCAGCCGACUCUGACGCAAAGACUGUGGACACUGCUGCGACCAGUGCCUCUGUUGGACCCCUCAGUCAAACUCCCUCCCCUGCAGAUGCGUCUCUGGAAUCUGCGAUUAACAAGAAGGUCAAAGGCAAUCGUAGCGGUCGCAACAGUCCCGCCCCCUUAAGUCUGGGAACUCGUGGUCGACGAGGCCAAUCAGACCGUGUGAUGGGGCAAACUGGACUCACCAAUUUAGGAAACACGUGCUACAUGAAUUCUGCGCUCCAAUGCAUCCGUAGCGUCGAGGAGCUCACCAAGUACUUCUUGGCGGACGAGCACGACGAGGAGAUGAACUUCGACAACCCUCUAGGCCACAACGGUGCCAUUGCUCGUGUCUAUGGUUUCCUCCUGAAGCAGAUCUAUAAAGAGCCACCCCCGGCUUCUGUUGCGCCUAGGCAGUUCAAGGAUACCGUCGGUCAAUGUGCGCCUCAGUUCUCUGGUUGGGGACAACAAGAUACUCAGGAGUUCCUUGGUUUUCUGCUGGACGGGCUUCAGGAGGACCUAAACAGGAUCAAGAAGAAACCCUACAUUCCGAAACCGGACUCAACAGACGAGAUGGUCAACGACAAGGCAGCGAUCCGAGAGCUGGCUGCCCAGGUCUGGGACAUCCAUAAGCAACGAGAUGAUUCUAUUAUCAGCGAUCUUUUCACCGGUCUGUACAAGUCGACGCUCGUGUGUCCCGAAUGCGCCAAGGUCAGUAUCACGUUUGACCCAUUCACCAAUCUGACACUGCCACUUCCAAUACAAAACGUUUGGGUUCGGAAGGUGAAGUUCUUUCCACUCAACGAUGUGCCCGUCUUCCUCAACGUUGAAGUCGACAAGACAGCCACCAUAAAGAUGCUGAAGGACUUCAUCUCGGUUCGUGUUGGAGUUCCAUCUGAGCGCAUGAUUGGGGCGGAAGAGUACCGUGAUAGGUUUUUCAAAAUCUACGAAGAUGAUCAACAAGCAUCUGCAGAGAUCACCAGAGAAGAUCUCCCGGCCUUCUUUGAGGUUGAAAGCCAGCCGACGAACACCAAAUGCAAGACCAAGAAGAAGUCCAAGUAUUCUUACUCGUCCUAUGAUAAAGAGGAUAUUCCCCACUGGGACGACCCAUCGGCUACCAGAAUGGUGGUUCCGGUGUUGCACAGAUUCAACCCAAGAUCUAAUAAGGAGUCAAGGAUCCAGUCGGCGAAGAACUCGGAGAACAUCUCGCCCCCACACUUCAUCACGCUCACCCCAGAAGAGGCUCAAGAUGAAGACAUUAUCCGCCGUAAAAUCCUAGAGAAGGUUGCCACAUUCACGACAUGGCCUACGUUGUCCUGUUUACAUCACGAGGAGACAACAGACAGCGCUGACUCAGAUCAACUGCUUGUUACUACAUCAGAUUUGGACUCAUCAGGCGACGGCACAGUCACUGCUCAAUCUGUAGAAGGCGAGGAUGACUUGGUGGACGUCUCUAUGCAAGACACUAUUCAAGGUGACAUUGCGUCUCCACAAGAAGCAGAGAGAUCCUCAACAAUCCUCAAGAAAUUCAACAGCCGGCGCCCCGAGUGGAUCAAAUCUGAUGUAUACCUCGAUGGACAGCUCCAAAAUCUGUUUGACAUGAGCUACUUCACGGAAGACACAAUAAUCCCUACCGGAUGGCACGCAAUUGGGACCAAUUCCGAACGCCUAUUCCCCAGGCUCGACACCAGGAAGCCUAGACCUAGCACGCCCUCGCAAAGUGACGAGGACAUGCCUAGUCCUUCUGGUUCCGGGACUGCGUCUGAAGAGAGCGGUACUGAGGAGAGCGGCGAUGUACCUGAGCACGAAGCUACGACACGGAUGGUCGACGAACCUAGCGAGGAGGAAAGCGAUUCCAGUCUUCCGGACCUCAAGGCAUGUCUUCAACCGACCUGGAAAUUCCCGUCCACUGGAACAGUGCCUAAUGACGAGCAGGACAUCAACAAGACUCCAGACUUGCCUCUAAGACCGCAAAAGGACGCGAAGCUUAGGGGUGGAAAGUCCGGAGGCAAGAAGAAAGUCAAAGGCCACAAGACGUACUCUAAAAAGGGUACAAAGCGAUGGAAGCAGCAGCAGCAGCAACAGCAACAGGCUGCCCGUCAGUCUUUCAAACGCAGCAACUACCUGGAUGAGGAUCCUGAGUGGGGCUCUAAAGUGGACGGCGGUCCUUUGGUCCGUCUCGGCGAGGGCAUCGUGGUUGACUGGGAUCCUGCCGCGUGGGACAUCGUCUUCGGUGGCCAAGAGGCAGGCAACAAUGCCGGGACCACUUCUUCAGGCAGCUCAACUUUCUUGAACUUGGAUAUUCUUAAGGAUCCGCAGCUCGAGGCCAAGAGUCAAGCCCGCAAGACCCGUGCGAACAGGGGCAUCAGCUUGGACGAUUGCUUGAAAGAAUUUGAGAAGGACGAGGUUCUCUCUGAAGAUGAUAAAUGGUAUUGUCCCCGAUGCAAGGAGCAUCGACGCGCGGCCAAGAAGUUUGAUCUCUGGAAGACACCGGACAUCCUCAUCGUUCACCUCAAGCGGUUCAGCAGCAGUGGGCACCGUCGCGACAAGAUCGACGUCACAGUUGACUUCCCAAUCGAAGGUCUCGACAUCACCCAGCGAGUCUUGGAGAAGGAAGACGGCAAGCAAGAAAUUUACGAUCUCAUCGCUAUUGAUGAUCACAUGGGCGGUCUGGGCGGCGGCCACUACACAGCCUUCGCCAAGAACUUCGUGGACAACGAGUGGUAUAAGUUUGACGACUCGUAUGCAUCCCGGGUUAAGAACCCCGAGACCAUGAUCACAUCACACGCAUAUUUACUUUUCUACCGACGGCGCAGCGAUCGCGCACUUGGUGGUACCAAAUUCGAAAGUAUCCUGCGCCGCUUCGAGACGGGUGAUGAAGACGACGACGACGACGAUGCCGCUAUUAAUAGCCAAGGCUCGGAGUCUCGCUAG